UUCUCCUCCCGUUCCCUCAGUCUCCAACCCUAAAUCUUUUCCCCCUACAGCCGCCUUCCCAAGCUCCCCAUCCCCUCCACUCCCUCGACAAUGGUGGCGGCGGCGCCCUCUGGUGGCGGAGGAGGAGGGGGGAGAUGGUGGCAGCGGCGCCCUCUGGUGGCGUAGGAGGAGUGUGGAGAUGGUGGCGCGGCGGCAACCUUCCCCUCACGCAUCCCAUCCCCCCUCGUCAUCCCGGAUCCCACCGGACCCGAGGCGUGCGGGCGCGGCAGCGACCUGCAAGGGAAGGGCGACGCUCGAAUCGAUCCAGCCAUGGAUCGGUCCCUGCGGGAGAAAGAGAAAAUGAGGGCCUCCGUGCUCAACAGGAGGAGCCGGGGUUGCUGAUCCGGCCGGCCCAGAUCCACACGCCUCCUCCUUCGGCCACCUCGCCCCACCAGCUUCCAGCGCCGUGGAUACGACGAAGAUGGAGGGCAGCAAGUGAGAGGGAGCAAGAGAAGAGGUGAAUCGAGGGAGUGAAAGAAGGAUCUCACAGGGGAAGCGGUGUAUCCUCGUCUCAUCCCUGGCUGCACCUCUUCUGAUGCCAUGGCACCAGUGGUGGCUCCUCGAUGGAGCACCUCCUUCCAUGACGGCACCACCAGCGGCUCUUGCUCGACGCCACGACACACAACAUCGAGGCCACCCCUGAUGCUCAGGCUGAUGCUUCUUCGCUUGAUGCCGAAGAAAAGGAUGAUCAGAUUCAGACGCCCAAGAACAACAGCUACUAUGAAUAUUAUGAUUGAGCGACUGCUUGGCGAUGUCAUCGUCAGAGGCUCAAGCCUCCUCCCUGGACAAGGCACUCGUGCUAGGCGGCGGCGAUCUGUGCGCUGGUUCAAGAGGCGGUAAGACGGUUGUUGCUCUUGGAGUUACUGUGAAUACAUUCAACACUCCUGGUGUGAUGGGGCAUUGCCACUUUCUGAAGGUCAUGGAGGAUGCCCAAAAGAUUCGGAAGAGCGUGAUAGACUACUUUGAAAAGGCGUCACCUCCUAACCUCAGUGAAGAGGAGAGAAGGAAGAUCCUUCACUUUGUGAUUAUCGGUGGUGGACCUACUAGGGUUGAAUUUGCGGUGGAGUUGCAUGAUUUUCUUGUCGAAGAUCUGGUGAAGCUAUAUCCUGCAAUUGAAGAAUUUGUGAAGAUAACAAUUAUGCAAUCAGGAGAACAUACAAUGAGGGUUGAACGUUCCUGCAGUAAUAACCUUAGUUUUGGGCAAGAUGAUCAAGGAGUAGCGAAACUUUAGCAGUCAUCUUUGGCUUCACCAUCUUCCUCCCCUGAUCAUGCAUCUAUUUUAGAUCAUAUAAUUAUGCUAUAUCAUAUAUAUUGUUUAGUUCAGACUUGUGCAUGUGCGUCCAUUGGCAUUGAUUUAUACAGAGAUAUUGCAUGAUUUGUACAUAAAAGGAGUACGGAUGAUCUAAGAAUAAAUGUUCAAAUAAAGUUAGUAGUGAGAUUUAGGUAAA